AUGGGAGAACAAGCGUUUAAUAUAUCGGAUGAAAAUUUAGAACAGCAUAUCGUUACUUUGUUUGAGAAAUUGGAGUGUUUACGAAAGGAUGCGAACUCUGGUGAUGGGGGUCUGUCGGGGAGGGUACCGGCGCGGGUGGAAGUGCGGACUCUUUCGUUGUGGAAGGCAGUGGUAGCAGAGUGCGCGGCCUCCUUUCUGUAUGUGUUCAUCGUGUGCGGGGCGGCUGGUGGCGCGGGCGUGGGAGCCUCCGCCUCAGCCGUGCUGCUCUCUACUGCGCUCGCUUCAGGCUGUGCCAUCGCGACGCUCACUCUCUGCUUUGCUAACAUAUCUGAUCGUAUCACGCCGGAGGCUGUACACACAGUUGGUGAUAUUCCCUGGUUCACUGAGAGCUACGUAACACAAUCUGAAUAA